AUGUCUCAUCAAGUCUACACUGAAUGCUCCUCUCGAACCACCGUUGACUUUGCACUAAGAGGCCACUUCAUCGCUACCGAUCACGACGAUGCUGCUGACAGGGACGACGAGCAAGACCUGAUGCUUAUAUGUGGUGGAUGCCUCCUUAGGCUCUAUCGACUUACCUCUGAUAGAGAACUCAGGUUCGUUUGUGAGACCCUCCUCCCCGGUCGGUGCCACAAUGCUGUUGUCUAUCACUGUCCCCAAGCAGGGCUUGAUGAGCAGAACGAUAUUGCUGUGAAGCAGGAUCAAGUACUGUUGAUAUUCAGAGAUGGCCAGUUGUCGCUACUGUGUUUCGACCCCUACGCCAACGCAAUGCGGUCUACGUGCAGCUACUCGCCGCUAUACGGCGGUACCUCUCACAUCACAGGGGUGGAGGAGGCCACUGCUAAUGAUGGCUCCAGUACUCGUACAGUGUCGGUGGUAGCUGAGACUGGUCACUGCUUAAACGAGCCUCAGCACUGCACAGUUAGAAUGAGUGCUACGAAGCCUCUAUGUGCAGUAACACUAAGCGAUAGGUUGGGCCAUCUCACUCUGUGUACGUUGGGGGGAUCGUCGAUGGAUGUUGAGGGAGACGAUACGCAGCAGAGUGCCACUGGAUGCUCAUCACAGACUAUCCAAAUUCGUCGUCUAUUGGGUUUGUAUUCGAUCGAUGAUAUGCAGUUUCUGGACGAUCCGUCUACUUCCACACAGGACAGUCUACCGGUCUUGGCUGUGAUAGGGUCGUCGUUUUUGAACCCUCACCCUUCAGUUAGCCGGAUGGAGCACAGCAGCCAUAACGCCUCUAUGUUGAGCUUGUUGGCGGUUGAUACGAGUCGGAUCACAUCGUCAAGUGCUGGGUCGGCGGCCGCAUUGGGGGGAUAUGGCCAGGUUGGACUGGGAGGAGGUUCUGCCGUGUCACCAUGUGUGUCACCAGUAUGGGCAGUAAAGAAGUUGCCAUUGAAUACCUUCUCUAUAGUUCCGUUGGGUCUCGGCACGUCGAUGUUGUUAUUGUCUCCUGAUGCGGUGGUUGCUGUGAGCGGUGGAUUUGGAGCGACGUGGUGUCAGCCAACUACGGAGGCUGCCUCUGCCAAGGAGUUGAAGCGGACGAGACUUCCCAUCAAACAACGAAACCUCUUAGAUCAACAACUCUCCUUGGACGGCUGUGCUACCACAGUGUGGAGGAAAGAUGUGGUUAUAUUUGCCUUGGCGUCUUCCGUGGCAUAUGUUUGUCAUGUUAUAUUCGGUGCUGGAGAGCAGAUCACAGAUCUAGUAUGGCAACGGGUAGAGGUGACCCUUCCCCUGCAAGCUGUUCACACUAUGGUGUCCUACCAUAAGGAGGGGGUUGUGCUGUGUGCCUCUACGAUGGGUGAUUUGACCUCAUUUCAAGUGGAGGAGAGUCAGCUGACGUUGUCGCCGGGUUUGGCUCAACGAGUGCCGGCAUUGAGCGCGAGGAGUGAUUCAGAGUCAACUAUGGCGGAAAGUCCAGAGAGUGUAGACGGAGGUGUAAGUGUCUUUGAAGCGGUUCAGAAGGAGUCGGACGAUCCGCUACUUGGCAGGCUCAUGGAAAUGUUCGUUCAUCCGAUCGGCCCGCCUGGUACGGUAUCGGUUGCGGCGUUGAGUACGGGGUACAAUCCUGAUGGGCUUAUAACGGUGCAGUUGUCAGCUGCUGAUGAGGAACAGAAACAGGUCGAUGUGGAUUUGGUACUGUAUCGCUUUGCAAGUUUCCAGCCUCCAGCGGGAGAAGGAGAGGAGAGGAUUGCUGUGGAAGAGGAAGGAGCAACGGGUGAAAAUGGUGGAGUGAUGGAUGGUCCGGGAGUGGAUGAUCAUGAUAUAUUAAUGGGAGAUGCCGAAGACGGCAUUUCGAAUGGAGUUGAUGAAGACCUGCAAGAGAGACUCGACUUAGUCGUUGGAAAAUAUGCACAUGGUGAAAAGCAUAUGUUGACCCAGAAGAACUGCGGCUGCGGUGGAUCGGAGCACGCUGGAAUCUGGAGUCAUUCAUUUCGAUAUCGACCGGCCCAUCCCAUGUGCUUUCAUACCGGCAUCCGGUCAGCAGGUCUGUCCACGACUGACUUCUCUAUAGAGGAUAUGAUAGCGCCAACAGCUAUGGCGCAGGAGGAGUGUCCUGUGGUGAGAAUGAGAGAUCGAUACCAAUUGCGAGUAGUCUCUAGAGCAGACAUGAGAACGGUGUUGGCCCUGUAUAGAGUACAUCCUGAUGAGGUUAUACUGGACGCAGCGUUCAUGUCGGAUUUGGAAGGCCUGAUGGACCCCACCUCGGUCGUUGCGAUUGGGUCUGCCAUACAAGGCGGAGAAGAUAGAUCGGCUAGAGGUGGGCUCACGCUGUUACGAGUGACGGCGUUGGCCAGCAAGGCGGCAUCGUCGUUGGGAGCUGUGGAGAAGGGGGAGAAUGCCUUGGAUGAGGAGGAGCCUGAUGCUGCUGGAGGUGGCCCUGGUGAUAGUGACAAGAGUGGAUGUUCGGUAUUAGUACAUCUGGAUAAAAGGGGACCAGAUAUUCGUGUAUCGCUGGAAUGCUCAGAAGGAAACACUAGAAGGGAUGGCGAUGCUGGACACUAUGGGGCCAAGCAUAACCUCUUUAUGUACGGUGAAGAACUAUAUAUUGGCUGGAGACGCGAUUCGGGGAUUGCAAUUUGUAAGGAAGCAGUACUUUUGCAUGGGCGGCCUUUCUUCAUGGAGUCGAUAUCAGCAUCUGUUGUGGCAUCGCCUGUGGACGCGGGUUCGUUGUUGAUGCCGCUUAGUGAUGGAACGAUGGGCAGGCUAUUUGCAGGGAGUGGCGUAAUGCCCCAUAUGAAAAACGUGAUAUGA